AUGGGAUCGUGUCGUGAAUGUUCGGAGAGGCACAAUACAUUGUGCCAUCGCCCGGCGGCCGACGGAAGGGCUCCAGAAGAAGGCGGCAAGGUCGAGCAGACGGCUUCAGCCGCGAGCGACAAGACGAGCAGCAGCAUAGGCACUCAUCACGUGGCGAGAGAUCCAACGAGGAAGCUAGUGCUCAUGGCAACAGCACUGGUUAACGCAACGCAUCCUAACGGAGACAUCGUGCCACUACGUAUCCUUUUAGAUAGCGCUAGCGAGGCGCACUUUAUUACUCAGGCGGCUUGCAAUAGGUUAGGGGUAAGGCGCGAUAAGGCUUUUGAGAUGGUCACGGGAAUUAACGGGAACGAAAGCAUUGUAAAUCAGUGUUGCGAGGUUGUAAUUCGAUCGAGAUGUUCCGAUGCGAGCGCAGUGGUUCGUGGGUUUGUAGUACCGAGGAUCACUAAACAUUUGCCUUCUGUGGAAAUGAAUCGAGACACGUUGCCUAUUCCAUCUAAUGUAAUGCUAGCUGAUCCAGAAUUUUUCAAACGGGGUCCGAUUGACAUGUUAAUCGGGGCAGAAUUCUUUUUCGCCUGGCUAGAAGCGGAAAGACUCGAGCUGGGAGCGAAUCUUCCAGUGCUACAGAACACAAAAUUCGGUUGGAUAGUUGCGGGAUCUUUUGCGUGCGCACCUACGGCGUUAUUGAUAGGUAGGCAAGAUGCGGUUGCGACUUUGACGUGCUCGUUGGAACAUUGCAAGACAUUUGACCAGAGUAUACGAAAGUUCUGGGAGCUUGAGAGCUCAGGAACAAACGGGAUCACACCUCGAUCGGAGGAAGUCUGCGAGAGUGACGAGUUUUUCAAGGAAACGACUACGCGCUCCGAGGAUGGUCGAUUUAUAGUGCGCCUCCCGUUCAACGAGGAUCCAGCGGCGUUAGGCGAGUCCAGGGAGGUUGCAAGGAGGCGAUUGAUGCAACUGGAGCGGCGUUUCAAGAACGACGAAACAUUGCGUACCAGAUACGUUGAGUUUAUGCGAGAUUAUUUAGAUAUGGGACACAUGUCGCCAGUAGUCGAUACACAGCAAGCACCGGCUUGCCGGGUAACUUACUUACCCCACCACGGCGUAAUUAAAGAAGCGAGUACGAGUACAAAACUCCGCGCGGUAUUCGAUGCGUCUAGUAAAACUAGCUCAGGAAAGUCACUUAAUGAUAUUCUCCGUGCGGGGCCAGUAAUCCAAGGUAGUUUACUUGAAAUUAUCGUUCGAUUCCGAUUUUACAACGUCGCCUUGACCGGGUACAUUCGAAAAAUGUACCGGCAGGUGCUCGUGCACCAAGACGACCGAGAUUAUCAGCGUAUACUCUGGAGAUUCGAUGUAGACGAACCCGUUCAGGCUUUUCGUUUAAAUACGGUUACCUAUGGGCAGCACAACUUUCCGAUGGCAUCGCGUGCAUUAAUGGAGCAGACGUAUGUGGACGACGUAUUGACCGGUGCGAGGAAUAUCGAGGAUGCGGCGCUGUUGCAGGAGCAAAUUUCUAAGAUACUGCUGACCGGAGGAUUCGAGACGCACAAGUGGUGCUCAAAUCGUGCUGAGGCGCUGGAGCGGGUCCCGCCGAAUCUGAGGGAGGUCAAUUCCCAUCUCUGUAUAGGAAACAGCAACACCACCAAAACUCUUGGGAUUGAGUGGAACCCACACGAAGAUCAAUUCCAAUUUGUAGUCCAUGGCAUGAAGGCCGCCCGGACCAAACGAGAAAUGUUGUCAGAAAUUGCCAAGCUAUUUGAUCCUCUGGGCCUCAUAGGGCCUGUAUUAACUACUGCGAAACUUAUCAUGCAGGAGACAUGGCGGAUCGAAUGUCUCGAAGUGGGACGAGCAGCUCCCAGCCUCGUUCGUAGAAAAAUAGGAACAGUUCCGAAAGGACAUGAAUGCUACCGAGUACCUGACAGUUCCAAGAAGAGUUAUUCCGUAUGA